AUGCCUCUCAAGUCACCACGCCGGUCAAGGGACCUCGAGAAGGCCGUGCAGAGCGUGCGCUUCGUCGACGAGCCCAGGUCCUCCACAGACUCCGAGAUCGCAGCCAGGCCGCGUCUCGUCCAACCUAGACGAUCGUGGCGGUCGCGCAUAAUAUCGCCUGAGGUCAUCCCCUGGGUUCUGACAUGCGUGUUUGCGACGACCACGAUCCUGUUGCUCCUGCAGAGGCCCGAAUCGAGGAGAUUUGGUUCCUAUGAGAUGAGGUUUCGAACAGAUUUGAAAUCCCUCGAAGCGGUCCCCUUGGAGGUCAAGCGGUUCUACGGCAGCCCAAAUUUUGACGAGAAUGGCACGAUGCACACACCCGAUGUGGACAAGCACGCCCACUGGCCCGAGAAUAAAUUGUUUGUCGGCGAACCCUCGCACGAGAUCGACGACAACUGGCUCGACCUGAUUGGGGAUCGAUACUUCUCCAUCUCAGAGGAGGAGGCCAUCGAGGCUUGGGGUGAGAGGCGGCAUGAGUAUGUGGAUGAGGACCAUGGCGGAUACACUGCUGGUCUGGAUGUGUUCCACACCCUGCACUGUCUUAACCAAAUCCGCAUGGCUCUCUCCCCAGAUCACUACAACCAUCACGGCAUGCCCGUCGAGACAAGCGCCGCCCACACCGCCCACUGUCUCGAUGCUAUCCGCCAGCACGUCCAGUGCUAUGGCAGCACUACUUUGAUCCCGACCAAGUGGCGCGACGGCGCACAACGCCAGUACAUCGACUCGAACCAGGAGCACGUCUGCAGAGACUUCUCAUACCUGCGGAAGUUUGUAAAGCGGCGGAACUUGGGCGGGGAUUUGUAUGUGUCGCGGGAUAAGUCGCUUAGGCACAGCGAGGAGGACAAGGAAGAGGAGGUGGUAGUAGUUGUUGGGGUUGAAGAGGUGGCAGAUGGCGUAGAGGUGGCGGAGUAA